GGGCAGUCACGACUGACAGGUAUAUAAGAUCAGGGAUGCAAGUACCAUGUCCCUCGAAGGAACGUCUCUCUGUGCUCCUCUUCCUUGUUUCGACGUCUUGUACAUUCGGGUCUGCCUUAUCACGGAGCGAUUCAUUAUUAGUGUCCAGAGGCUUUCACUUUUCAGACGUCUUUACCCCCUGUAUCCAUCAUGUCGCGAUCACCCUCCCCUUCACCGAGUAAAUCCAAGGAUACCACAGACUGGCGAGUCGAUGAUGCUACGGACACGCCCCCUUCCGAGUUCGAGGCGGAAGUCACGUCCCAUCUGCCCACUUUAAGAGGCCGCAGGCUAACCGCUGCCCUGGCCGUUGUAGCUGGGACAGGCUUCACGCUAUUCGGGUAUGACCAGGGUGUUAUGUCCGCUCUGCUAACAGCAAACCAGUUUGAGAAAGUAUUCCCACAAACGGUGGUCCCGGCAGACGGCAGUAAGCCCGAGCAUGCGACUCUUCAAAGCUUUCUUGUCGCUAUAUAUGAAAUCGGCUGCCUUGUCGGCGCGUUAUCAAACCUUUGGAUAGGCGACCGGCUCGGUCGGCGAAAGACUAUCGUUCUCGGUGGAAUCAUCAUGAUCAUUGGAGCAAUUCUUCAGGCCUCUUCGUAUUCCUAUGCACAAAUGGUCGUAGCGCGGAUUGUCACCGGUCUCGGAAAUGGUCUAAACACUUCCACUGUUCCUUCGUACCAUGCGGAGUGUUCACCCGCCGCGAAACGAGGAAGCUUCAUUAUGAUUGAGGGUAGCUUGAUUACUUUCGGCAUCAUGAUCUCGUACUGGAUAGACUUCGCAUGCUUUUGGGCUCAGUCUUCGUCUGCCCAGUGGCGGGUACCCAUAGCACUUCAGAUCCUGUUUGCACUCGUUCUCAUCGGCGGUAUCACAUUCCUUCCUGAGUCCCCCCGAUGGCUCGUCAAGAACGGUCGCAAUGCCGAGGCCCUUGCUGUCAUCUCCGCGCUCGAUGAUAAACCCCCGUCAGACCCAGACGUGCAACGUACCUUCAUUGGAAUCCGUGAAGCUGUUGCUAUGGAGGGCGGUGCCGGCAAGGCUUCGCUGCGGGAGCUCUUCCACAGAGGACCGAGCCAGAACUUCCGGCGUGCGGCCCUGGGAAUCGUCAAUCAGUGCUUCCAGCAAAUCAGCGGUAUCAACCUGAUCACCUACUAUGCUACGCUGCUCUUCGAGAGACUGGGAAUCAACGAUAGGAACUCGCGUAUCAUCGCCGCAUGCAACGGAACGGAGUACUUCAUGGCCAGCCUGAUCGCUAUCUUCCUCAUCGAUCGCGUUGGGCGUCGCAAGCUCAUGUUGUUCGGGUCAGUGGGACAGACCCUCACCAUGGUCUUACUAGCUAUCCUCGGUGCGAUCGACAACUCUGCAACGCAAGUCGUGUCGGCGGUUCUGCUCUUUGUCUUCAACUCGUUCUUCGCCGUCGGCUGGCUGGGGAUGACUUGGUUAUACCCUGCCGAAAUUGUGGGACUGAGGAUCCGGGCUCCGGCGAACGCUCUAAGUACCGCAUCCAACUGGAUCUUCAACUUUGUUGUCGUGAUGGUCACUGGACCUGCGUUCGACCAUAUCAAAUGGCGGACUUAUAUCGUUUUCGCCGCUUUGAACGCCUUCAUUAUACCCGUCGUGUACCUGUUCUUCCCCGAGACUGCUGGCCGCUCGCUGGAAGACAUGGAUGUUGUAUUUGCCCUGGCCUACAGGGAAGGAGUAUCCCCGGUUAAGGUCUCCUUGCGCAAGGACGUGCCUUUGGCUGGGUCACCCGAGGCGGACGAGAUCCUAGGCCUGGCUCCCCAGGACCAUCAGGGUAACGUUAUUCGCCGACUUGAAGAAAAGAGACGCGCCGGAGACGCGUGA